AUGACAAUGAACAUGAAAUUUGCUUCCUUCGUAUUUAUGCUUACUGUAGUGCUGCUGGAAUCAAAACUAAAUGUCCAUGGACAGUCGAUAUCCAUACAGAAAGUACUAUUUAACUUCAUGUUUCCUAAGGAUCCCCAUAUAGUGAGAGUAAGGAAACCAGAAGAUAUCAAAACAACAAUGAAUAAUGUAACUACACUGGAUUUUUUUGGUUUGGUAGAGAAAUAUGGUUACUCCGCCGAGGAACAUUACGUUACAACGAAAGAUGGUUAUAAUUUGAUAAUACAUAGAAUAUCAGGAAGUCCUUUUUUUAAAGGUCAACGGACAGGAAAAGUUGUAUUUCUUCAAACUGGUCUCUUUGGUACAUCGGAUUGUUGGGUGUUGAUAGGUGCUGGUAAAGAUCUUGCAUUUUUAUUAGCUGAUAAAGGAUAUGAUGUAUGGCUUGGAAAUGUCAGAGGAAGUUCUUAUUGUAGAUCACAUGUAAAAUUAUCUCCACGAAAUAAAAAGUUUUGGCAAUUUAGUUUUCACGAGAUAGGAAUGAUAGAUCUACCGGCUAUGAUUGAUUACGUACUUGGUUAUACAAAACAAAAAAAUUUGUAUUACGUCGGUAUUUCUAUGGGAAAUACUGUAUUAUUUACUUUUUUAUCUAUAAAACCCGAAUACAAUGCAAAAAUAAAAUUGGCAGUCUGUCUUGCACCAGUCGCCUUUUGGAAUGAAGCAUCUCCUACUGUACAGUAUGUUACUAAUAUGUUACACAAUAUUAAAAACUUUGAGGAAAUCUUAAAUUCCAAUGAAAUAUAUGAAGUAUUCGCUUUAACAUCAACAAGCAUUAUGAUAGGAAGAACACUGUGUGCAGAUAACACAAUUACUCAGGCUAUCUGCGUUGCAUUAAUGUUUCUGAUGUCUGGAGCUAAUCCAGCGCAAUUAAAUACGACGGCAAUGCCGGAAAUAUUAUCAUAUUAUCCAGCUGGCUCUUCGGUGCAAACAAUACUUCAUUAUAAGCAAAAUAUUAUUACAAAGAAGUUUCAAUCCUACGACUAUGGAUAUAUUGGCAAUUAUAAGCAAUAUAAACAGGCCACACCCAUAACGUACGACCUUGACAAAAUUACUGCGCCCGUGGCUAUAUUUUACGGCGGUAAUGAUUUGCUUGUUUUAAAAUCGACUAUCUUCGAGUUAUAUAAGCGUCUGCCAAAUGUUGUCCUACUGGAGGAACAAAAAUCAUUUACUCAUUUGGAUUUUAUAAUAGCCAUAGAUGUUAAUACUUUAGUAUACAGUCGUGUAAUAAAACUAUUUCAGGAAUUUGAUAAUAAGACAUAG